AGCGUCUUGCAACAAUCCAGCGUCGUCCCUCCUCCUAGCUGCUCAGUGCCAUCGCUACUCGCCCAUCGUCUGCUUCAUUCUUCUGAUCUUCUCCAGCAAAAGAACAGGAUCAUGUCGACCGUGAGCCAUGCAUCCCUCGACCAGAAGCUUGCCCUCGCCAAGCGUUGCUCGCGAGAGGCGACACUUGCAGGAGCUAAGGCAGCAGCUGUAGCGACCAUUGCCUCUGCGGUCCCCACCCUGGCAAGCGUACGGAUGCUGCCGUGGGCGAAGGCCAACAUCAACCCCACCGGCCAGGCCCUCAUCAUCUCCACAGUUGCCGGGAUGGCCUAUUUCAUCGCUGCUGACAAGAAGAUUCUGUCGCUGGCGAGGAGGCACUCGUUCGAGGAAGCCCCCGAGCACCUCAAGAACACCUCCUACCAGGGCACCGGCAGGCCGCACCCGGCUUUCUUCAGGCCAUGAUCGAGCUGCAUCUUGAUCAAUAGUUACUACUAUGGAGUUGAUGAAUAAGUACUACCGGCAGUCAAUAACUCCAAAAGCAACCGAUGUGCUCACAGCCUCAGAGGGAAAUUGCAAAUUUGAAACAGUGCUUGAGCCAUUGUAACUAGCUUGUAUUAGCUUUUCUCCGCCCUGUACUUCGUGUAUCUGUAUAACAGCUUGGCUAAUUAAGCAGCAAACAUCAUCGUAUCAUUCUUCA